CCGGCGCCUCCGCGCCCGGCCGGCCCGGGGCCCCGCGCCGCGUUCCGCAGGACUCGGCGCGCAGGGGCUCUAAGGAGAAACACCGUAACGAAAACGACGGGAAUCGGACGCGUGAGAAAACCUAGAAUGUGGCUGCAACACAGAUGAAAGAAGAUUAUGCAAAUGUUGUGUAGUGUUAUGAUGCUGCAAACCUCAGACUUCUUCCCAUGUGGUUAUUCCUCUGCAUCAUAACUCCCAGCAAAUAUACUCUUCAGUUUCCAAGUCUGACGUGUAUAAAUGUAACUGGGAUGUUUGAAAAUUAAUUGCAGUCUUGGAAGUUGCUCUCAACAUUUUUAAACCUGACUGAAUUAGCAAAAUGCCUGCUUCAGCUCCAGGACUGUGGAACUACAUCCCAGAAGAAAUCCUCAUCCAGAUUUUCAAUUAUCUUUCUCUUCGAGAUAGAUACACAGUCUUCCACGUGUGCAGACAGUGGGCCACAGCUGUUUCUUCUAGCUCUGUUUGGCAUUUCACAGAGAUCAGCUGUGAUUUAGAGGAUGAGGAAGGCAUGCUGCAGAGCUUCCUGCAGUUCCUCAGCCAAAUCAAACACCUGAAGAUUGUGUUUGACCAGUCCAAGGAGAUCAACCGGAAGAAUGUCAAACGCGUCUUAGAUGCGUUGGCAAAAGAGAAUCACAAACUGCAGCAACUGUGCGUUGUGUGCCAUGGGGAGAACCCGUACUUCUACUCUGGCCAAGACAUCCUGCAGAGCAUACGGAAUAUAUGCGACACUAAGAACCAGACGGAUCUUCAGCACAUCGAUUUUCGAAAAAUGCCCUUUACUCUUGAUGAUGAUCUUGUUGAACUCUUAGCCACCAGCAACCCAAACUUACGCAGUUUGUUCAUCAACAACCACACCCUGGUAUGCAACGUGGCACCUGAUACCAUUAGGAAAGUUCUCAGAGCAUGUCCCAAACUCUCGACCUUGGGGGUUUACUACGCCAGCUUGUCUGACGAUGUUUUUAUGGAAUUGAUCAAGCCAGAAAGAGCACCUUUCAUCUAUUUAGACAUAUUCUGUGAGCGCCUGGACAAGUAUAUCCCUGUUAUCUCAGAAGCGCUCUGGGCUGCUGUAAGUCAAAAGCAUCCUCAGCUCUGUGUAGACCUAGAGUUUGAUCAUACGGUCCCCGCCGUGAAAAUACCACAGAUCCUGAAGUUCAAUAUACCUGUGAGCACACUGCAACUUAAUACCUGUACUUACAUGGUGAAUCAGAUUAGGUUUGUCACCCACAGCUACAGCAGCACUUUAAAGAAGCUGACAUUACAAACCACAUCUUCAGAGGACUUAAAUGUCUCGCUAAUAGAUCUGGCUAGGAAGUGCAGAAAUCUACUGGAGAUCCACUGCUACUGUGUGGUCAGCCAGGAGGUGGUAGAAGCGUUCCUCACACACUGCCCCAGUCUGAAACAAUACACACUCAAGAUCAUCAAGGAACGGCACCCUUGGAAACCAGUAAUAGUUCAGUGACUGGUCCCUCCUGACUUCCUGGGGAAAUUGUGUGGAUCUGCACGAGUACAAUGAAGGAAGAUUUAGAGAUACAAGGAAAAUGUGUCAAAAUUCCUUCUGCUUCUCACUUAGAGCGUGCUAGCUUACCAGCCUUGGCUGUUAAAUGUGAUGACCACUUGUUCAGGACACUAAGCAUUUAUAUGCAAAUGCGAUAGAGAAAGGAUUAUACAGAAAAAAUUGCCUUUUUUUCUUGUAUGUAUGGAGGGCAGGCCUUUUUUCUCCUCUGCUUCUUUAUUUAGCAACAUCAGGAAUGCCGAGUUUACUGUUCAUGCAUUUUUACUGAGGACCUCAGCAAAAUGUAAUUGUGAUUUUGCACUGUAAGAGAACCCCAAUGACAAGCACGCUGUGUCAUGGUGCUAGCAAUUACUUGUGUAGACGGUUAAGGAAGUGGCACUUUCAAUGCUGCAGCCAUUCUUUAUCUAGUAUGGUACUUAGCCACGCGAGUUAAAUGAGCUAAGUAAAGAACUGUGGUCAUCCGAUGGAAAAUCCACUUUCACUUUGAUAAUUCCUCUUUUGGCAUUUCUGCACUGGGGAGCUCACACCUGUUAUCUGGUUGCCAGGAAACUUCCAGUGUGGAAGGAUCUAAACAGGACCUGAAUUAUGAUGUAGAAUAGAGGCAGGAGAAAAAUCACUUAAAGGAAAAAAAAAACCCUGACAAGGCCAUUAUAAAGGAAAUGUGGCCUGCUUAUUCCCUUGUCCCUCCUUUCUUUCUGUUACUCAGGAAAGCAGGUUUCCAGGUUGUAAUUUGAAUGCCUUUUGCAAAGACCUUUGCUUUCAGUAUAUUGUUAGUGUUUCUUAGGAAAAAAAGAGUGCUAAAAGUUUUUGCAUAUGAUCUUAUACUCAGUGGAAAACUGCAAAGGUAUUUUGCAUCUGAAUUAGCAUAUGUGUGUGUUGGUCUGUUGUGCCAAAAAUUUUGGUGAAUGCUAUUUGCAGAGCACUUUCUGAGUUGAAGUAAUCCUGGCAUCAGACUACGUUGCAAGCACUGAUUUAGAGCUAUAUAAAGCAUUUUGAAUAAUAAUUAAUAAUAAUAAUAAUAGUAUAUUGACAUCUGGA